AUGGCGCCGCUUGAACAGCAAUGGGUCAACGUCCAGCAAAAGACCUUCACCAAAUGGCUCAACAGCAAACUAAAGAUCCGGAGCGUCGAGAUCUCAGACCUCAUCACAGACCUCUCUGAUGGCAUCAUCCUGAUCCACCUCCUGGAGAUCCUCAGCAACGAGUCCCUCGGCCGAUACGCCUCGCGACCAAAGCUCCGUGUCCAAAAGUUUGAAAACGUCAACAAGUCACUCGACUUUAUUCGGAGUAGGAGGAUCCAACUCACAAACACUGGUGCUGAGGAUGUCGUCGACGGCAAUAGCAAGAUCAUCCUCGGUCUCAUAUGGACCCUCAUUCUCCGCUUCACCAUUAGCGACAUCAACGAAGAGGGUCUGAGUGCAAAGGAGGGUCUCUUGCUGUGGUGUCAGAGAAAGACGGCUUGCUACGACGAAGUCGAAGUACGCGACUUCUCCACAAGCUGGAACGAUGGAUUAGCAUUCUGCGCCCUGCUCGACAUUCACCGCCCCGACCUCAUCGACUACGAUAGCCUCGACAAGAAUGACCACCGCGGAAACAUGCAACUCGCUUUCGACAUUGCCUCCAAGGAGAUCGGCAUCCCCGACCUGCUCGAUGUGGAGGAUGUGUGCGACGUACCCAAGCCUGAUGAGCGAUCCCUUAUGACGUAUAUUGCCUACUGGUUCCACGCUUUCUCCCAGAUGGAACGAGUCGAAAAUGCCGGCCGAAGAGUAGAAAAGUUUGUGGCCAACAUGCAAGGAGCAUGGCAGAUGCAGAACGACUUUGAAAGGCGCAUGCGUGAGCUGCUAGGCCAGAUUGCUAAGCAGCAGUCACAGUGGGAGGAGGCCACGUUUGACGGGACAUAUGCCGAUGCAAGGGCCCAAUCUGCUGAAUUCACGGCAUGGAAGCGCAAGAACAAGCGGACAUGGGUUGCAGAGAAGUCGGACCUUGUUGGGCUGUUGGGUAACAUUAGGACCAAGUUGGCCACAUACCGAUUGCGACCGUACGAGCCUCCAGCAGAACUCAGCCUCGACGCGCUUGAUAAUGCUUGGUCGGGACUGAUGAAGGCCGAACGACGGCGCUCCCAGAUCAUCAACGAAACAAUCCGAGAUAUCAAGAAUGCCCUGCGAAAGUCUUUUGCUGACAAAGCAAACGACUUUGCUCUCGCCCUCAACACGCUAUCCACAUCGAUUUCUGCCCUCGAAGGCGAUGUCGAUGACCAACUCGAGCACACCAAGGAAAUUAGCAAGUCACUUGCACCACUGGACGAGUACUUGAAUCUUAUAGCGUCGAUUGAUGAACAGUGUGCCGAAGCAAAUAUCGAAGAAAACGACUUUACAACAUAUACAUACGAUGAACUCGAGUACGAGCUGGGUCUUGUCCGCAAUUCGGUGUCGAAAAAGCUCGCCUUCCUCGAGAACCAAAUGGUUGCCCGAAACAUGACCAACCUGACGCCCAUUCAAUUAGAAGAGUUCGAAUCCGUUUUCCGCCACUUUGACCGUGACGUCUCCAACUCGCUAGCAGAAUUGGAAUUCUCGGCGGCAUUGGCGAGUUUGGGCCUAGUCUACGACGAGGACGAAAUGCAUGAGAGAUUCCGUGAAACGAGCGGCGGCAAGGACUUUGUCACGUUUGAACAGUUUAUUCGAUUCAUGGUUGACGAGACUGAAGACCAAAACACAGCCGAGCAAGUCUUUGAGUCGUUUAGGGAAGUUGCCGACGGCAAGCCAUACGUCACAGAGCUCGACCUUCGGCACUCCCUUGUACCCGAUGAGGUCAUUGAUGACCUUCUUGCUACCAUGCCCGAGCACAAAGGCCCAGAUAUGCAAGAAGACCGCGAUAUUCCCAAAUUCGACUACAUCACCUAUAUGCAGCGAUACAUGGGCACUACCCAUACCAAUGGAGGUGGUGUUGAGCAAGUCAAUGGCGACUAG